AAUAACUGAAACAAACAAAAAAACAUACAAAUUGUAGUAAAAGUAAAUUUUAAUACAUUGCCCUCUUUACACUCUUUGAUAAAAAAGAGACAAACAAUAUGUGUUCGGUAUAUUGCCAUCUCUUUCAUAGUAUUUGAAUAUAAAGACAAUAAAAAGUGUGAAAGAGAUAACAUGUGAUUUGUUGACGUGUUAGGUAACAUGUUGCAUUACAGUGAGAAGGCGCGAGGGCGCGUGGCGAACGGCGCGGCCUCCCCCCUCGCCCCGCUCGCCUCGCCGCGCCGCCGCGGCCGCCCCCGGCUGGAUGAAGUGGACCAUUUCACUGCAUUCUACACGAGGGCACAACAAGCUAAUUACAAUGUCGCUGUACAGAUAUUCCAGUACCUAGGUAUGCGGGACCUCGCGCACAGUGCACGUGUCUGCAAGCUGUGGCAGCAACUCGCCUCCACGCCAGCGCUCUGGAGACAUGUUAGGAUGAAAAAUUCACAUGUGAGUGAUUGGUGCGGUCUCUGCGCGGCGCUGAAGCGACACGGUACCAAGUGGCUGGACCUCCGCAAGAUGCUACUCCCGCAGAAUGAUACUGUCUUCUGGGAUCAGUUUGCUGAACAUAUCGGCACUGUUGACACUUUAGAGAGGUUGGAGUUAUGCAGAUGUCCAGCUCGUGCGGUGGAGGCGGCGAUGGCGCGCGUGCCCUCGCUCCGCGCGCUCGCAGCCCCCGCGAUACGAGACGCACGACUCGACCCGGCGCCGCUCGCAGCGCUGCCCCGCCUCGAGCUGCUUCGGCUCAAAUCGCUGGCUGGACUCGCACUGGCUUCGGAUUUAAGACCACUGGCAGCACUGACAAGGCUGCAGCAUCUAUCACUUACAUCUAUCAAGGUGGAGAUUCUCCCACUGCCGACCCUGCAGCGGCUGCUGUCGGCGCAGAUGCCAAACACGAAACUGAAACUCCUGCGCAUCCCGUUCCACGCCACCUGGCGGCAGUCGCUCGCAGACUUCCAGUAG